AUGGCUCAUAGUCUGACAGUGACAGGAAAUUUGGUCAGGCCAAAUAUCCAAAGUGUUCUGGCUGAACGGGGGUUUCAGAAUUGUGUUCUUCUUGGUAAAGGUUCCUUUGGAGAAGUAUUAAAAGCAGAGUGUCAAGAUGAUGGCGAAUUUUAUGCCAUAAAAUGUCUCCCCCUCACUGGCAACACGGUAAGCCCAAAAUAUAUUAAGCGAGAACUAGAGUUGCUUAUAACAUUGGAACUGUCGGAUCGAAAUGUUAUCAAAUAUUUUAAGAGUUGGAUAAUGCAAGAUGGUGACGUACAACGAGUGUGUAUUCAAAUGGAGUUGUGUUGGGCAAAUUUAGAAACAUUUAUGUAUGAGAAUGACAUGGGUGGCGCGGAAAUUAUCAAAACUCAAGGUCCGCAACGACUUUACAAACAAAUUUUCACACAGAUUCUGAAUGGCUUAGUUGCUAUCCACUCAAUCGGCUGGGUACAUCGCGACAUUCAUCUCGGUAAUAUCCUCAUAGUAAAUCCAAAUCCACAACAAAUCCGUCAUAUUCAUGUCAAGAUCGCUGAUUUUGGACUUGCAAGGUAUAUUGGAAUAGAAUUCGAAAUGUCCACUACCAUGACAGUCGUCCCAACACUCGAGAAACUAUCGCCAGAUGUAGGACAUAGGCUAUUCAUGGCGCCAGAACUUUCAACCGACACAUAUGACUUCAAGGUAGACGUUUACAGUUCCGGCAUAGUGCUGUAUUUACUUGACUGUUACCUCCCAAACAUGCAGGCGUCAAUUGAGAGAGGAGAUUUUGGCAUUGCGAGAGGGAAGACGCUCGUCGGCUGUAUAUUUAUAUCAUCAGGACGACCAAAGACUAUUCAAACUGAUUGAAUGGCUGCUGCAGAAUGAUCCAAGUAGACGACCAACUGCAGCUGAGGCUUUAGCAUACACGCAAUCCCGGACCUACACUGAAUCCGUAACGAAGAGGUUUUUGCUGAAAAAACGUGGCGAUGAUAUUUCGUACCGAUGCUGCUCGAAUGAUGAUACCUUAUCAGGCAUACAAGCUGCAAUAGAAGGACGUUUUGGCAUUGAAAAAGAUGCUCAGAUCAUAUAUAAUGAGAGAACUAAUGCUAAUGGGAACGAAAGGAUACCGGUUGGGUUAACGACUAACGAAGAUGUUCGUGAAAUGUUCAGUAGUGCUGAGAGGCAUGGGGAAAGACCGAUUGUUGUUGUGUCAGAAAGAGAAAGGGGUAACGCGACUUCUAAACAUCAUAGGGGCAUGCCUCCGCACCCUCUAAUGUGA